UCUAAUAAUUCUAUCGUUUAAAAAAAUAAAAAAAAUAAAAAAAUCAUAUCUCCAAAUCUAGGCAAUUACUUAAUGCACUGCCAUCACCACUCGCCCUAUAAAAACCAGGUACUCACGGGCUCGCCAUCUCCAACUCUCUCUCUCUCUCUCUCUCUCGCCAUGCAACAGUGAUUAAUUUAGUCACAUUACUCACCACAACACACAAAUUUAAGUCCUUCAAUCCAAUCCAAUCCAAUCCGGUCCAGUCCAAUCCGUAACUCUAAAAUGGCAGUCGCCGCCGCCAUUUCCGUCCUUCUCCAACUGCUCGUAGGACUCUAUAGUCCAGUCCAUGCCAAUCCCAUAAAAAAUAUAGUUGUUCUAGUGAUGGAGAACAGGUCGUUCGACCACAUGCUAGGGUGGAUGAAGAAAAUCAACCCAGAAAUCAACGGAGUGGACGGCUCCGAGUCCAACCCUCUCUCCACCACCGACCCCAACUCCAAGCGCUUCUUCUUCAAGAACGAGUCUCUCUAUGUGGACCCUGAUCCUGGUCACUCCUUCCAAGCCAUCCGAGAGCAGAUAUUCGGGUCGGAUAACACGGCGGCCGACCCGCCUCCCAUGAAUGGGUUUGCUCAGCAGGCUUACUCCAUGGACAACACCACCGCCAUGUCUCAGGACGUUAUGAAUGGAUUCGAUCCUGAUAUGGUUGCUGUCUACAAAACUCUUGUUUCUGAAUUUGCCGUCUUUGACAGGUGGUUCGCCUCACUGCCAACCUCAACACAGCCGAAUCGGCUCUACGUGCAUUCAGGGACAUCAGCUGGUGCAACAAGCAACAUCCCAGCCCUUCUCGCCAAGGGUUACCCUCAAAGAACCAUCUUCCAGAACCUCGAUGACGCGGGAAUAUCCUUCGGGAUAUACUACCAAAACAUUCCAUCUACAUUGUUCUACAGGAACUUGAGGAAGGUCAAGUACAUAUUCAAGUUCCAUCGGUACAAAACCUUCAAGAGACAUGCAAACGAAGGGAAACUACCCGGGUACACCGUCAUAGAACAGAGGUACUUUGACAUCAAGAGUGCACCUGCAAAUGACGAUCAUCCCUCCCAUGACGUGUACCACGGGCAAAUGUUUGUAAAGGAGGUGUACGAGACACUAAGAGCAAGCCCUCAGUGGAACGACACCCUAUUCAUCAUCACGUAUGAUGAACAUGGGGGUUUCUAUGAUCAUGUGCCUACACCGGUUCGUGGAGUCCCCAGCCCUGACAGGAUCGUGGGGCCGGAACCUUUCUUCUUUCAGUUUGACCGGUUGGGAGUUAGGGUUCCAACGAUCAUGGUCUCACCAUGGAUAGAGAAGGGUACAGUCGUUCAUGGUCCUAAUGGAUCGCCAUUUCUGACUUCGGAAUUUGAACACUCGUCUAUUCCCGCAACAGUCAAGAAGAUCUUCAACCUAACUGCACCCUUCCUAACAAAGAGGGAUGAAUGGGCUUGUACCUUUGAAGGCAUUGUCCAAACACGGACAGAACCCCGAACUGACUGCCCAGAGCAACUGCCAACACCAGUCGCCAUCAGAAAGAGUGAGCCUAACGAAGAUGCCAAGCUUACAGAAUUUCAGCAGGAGAUGAUACAACUCGCGGCAGUUCUAAAAGGAGACAACAUAUUUACAAGUUACCCCCAAAAGACAGGGAAGGCGAUGACGGUCAAGGAUGGGAAGAAAUACGCAGAUGAUGCAGUUAAAGGAUUCUUUGAAGGGGGGCUUUACGCUAAGAGAAUGGGAGUUAAUGAGGAGCGGAUUGUCCAGAUGAAACCUCCCUUACUUCGAGAUCGUCCAGAACUUCACCAGAACACCCAUAGAAAUCUGGCAGUGGAUCCUCGGGUGCAUAUGUAAAAGAGCAAUCAUAUAUUUAUCUAGUUGUACAAAUCCAAGGAAAGAAAUGAAAUAAUCAAAUGAAGUUUGAGCAUUUCUGUAUUUCAAUUUAUUUUGCCCAUCUCGAAUUCCAAGUUCUUAAACCGUAUCUUGAUAUCUGGGAGAAAAAAAUAAAAAUCCCCCCUCAAACUGUACUGAGGAGUUCGAAGAGACAAUUCGGACCUUAAGAGCUGAAA